AUGAGCACGGCAUCGCUUCUAGUCCUUAUCUUCAGCAUAGUUUGUACGUUCAAUUUCAUAGAAGCUGCCCGGAACAACAGACAUGUGACCUGUGGAACGGUCCUCAAGCUCCAGAAUGUGGAUUACAAGGUGCGGUUACAUUCGCACGAUGUAAAGUAUGGCACGGGGUCGGGUCAACAGUCGGUGACCGCCACCGAACUGCAGGAAGACGUCAACAGUCACUGGGCAGUGAAGGCUGCGACUGGUAAACAUUGCGAACGAGGGGAACCCAUUAAAUGUGGUGAUACAAUUCGUCUGCAUCAUUUAGCUACGAACAAGAACCUACAUUCGCACCACUUUCAGAGUCCCCUAACAGGCAAUCAGGAAAUCUCAGCCUAUGGCGACGAUCAAGGUGAAGGUGAUAGCGGAGACCACUGGUUGCUGAUUUGCUCCGGUGAUAACUGGGUACGAACAAAUGCGGUUCGAUUCCAGCACAUUGACACCGACAUGUACCUUGGCGUGUCCGGACGUACCUUUGGGCGGCCCAUAAACGGGCAAAUGGAGGUGGUUGGUAUGCCGAAUCCAUACUCCGGUACGGAAUGGAUUGCAGCGGAGGGUUUGUUCAUCCAUCCAACGGAAAAGGACAGCGGUUCACGCGUUCACACUGAGCUCUAA